GGAGUAAUAAUAAUAUUAUUAAAUAAAAUAUAAUCCCUAAAAAGUAUUAAAAACUUAAAAUAAUAAUAUUUCAAUUGAUGAAACUGAAAGUUCAGCCAUAAUUUGGUGCAUUCGGAUAAGAACCGCUUUAGGAACCCCUGAAAAACCGGUUCUGCGCACCUCUCGUAGGUCUGAAAGGGACAGCUAGUGCCCACAUGUGUGUGAGUGCGAAGUGGAGAAAACUAUCUCAGACGAAUUGCAAUAACUGAGCGUGCGUGUGUGUAUUUGUGUUAGUGUGUGUGGCCAUUGCAACGAUCGCAGCAACUCUACAAAACUCUACAAAACUCUACAAUAUCUACACAUCACGCAUACGCACUGUAGUGCAGCGCGUAGUUGCAUUAUCGCCGCAGUUUCGUCGGUUGUGUUGGCCCUUUCGCGUCGCCAUGGCUGCCAAAAGGUGUGUGUCGACCUGAAAAGCAAAAAACAAGCCCCGAAACAGCACUUGACGGUUGAGCAAACACAACGGUGGCCAUAUUUAUAUUCGGAUCUGGGUUCCCUCGUUGUCGUCGCGGUUGUCGCCUGUUCGCGGCCCACAGAUAAGCCCUGACACACUAAAGUUCUAUGCAAAACCCGCAUCGCGAAAGUUGUGCCCGUUGAAACUAACAAAAAAGAAAAACAAACCAAAGGGUUAAGCCACAACAGUUAGUGCGAACAAGUGCAGACUUUAGUGAAAACCGCAACAGAGUGAAAUUUCGACAAAGAACGCUUAUGAAAACCUAAAAUCGAAAACAAAUAUGGAAUACAGUGAUCUGUAAAUGAUCUAUUUGAAAUGGGUCCCAAGCUGAGGAAUCACUAAGAUACUACGGAAUUAAAGUAGAUAGUAACUGAAUCAAGAAAAGCUAAACCCAAGCCAUGCAGGAGGUCUGCAGCACCCUGGAUGCGACCCCGAUGGGAACGCAAAUCAAGUCGGAAUCGCCGCUGAAUCCGCUGCAGGUGCAAACCGGACAGACGGGCCUGCCAGUGGGUGGUUGCGGUGGUGCUGGCGUUGUGGGUGUCGGUGUGGGAGUGGGUGUCGGACCACCCGGCAUCGGCCAGCAGGGGGCGCCACCUGUGCCGGCGGUGAUGCUGGUCAACAAGAUGGCCCCGAACUGUGAUAAACGGACCGCGGACACGGCCUAUUGGAUGGCAGCCUCCGAGGGCGGUUUCAUCAACUCGCAGCCGUCGAUGGCCGAGUUCCUCAACCACCUGAGUCCGGAAAGUCCAAAAAUCGGGACACCUGUUGGAUCCGGCGCCAUCGGAGGAGUGGGCGUCAACGUUAAUGUCAAUGUCGGUGUCGGAUAUCCGGUUGGCGUUGUCCCUCAGACGCCUGAUGGCAUGGACUCGGUGCCGGAGUAUCCCUGGAUGAAGGAGAAGAAGACAUCCCGCAAAAGCAGCAACAACAACAAUCAGGGUGAUAACUCCAUAAGUAAGUACUUACCUCGCUAAACAAACAAUUUCUUACCCAUUGCGUAAUACUUCCAACCACAAGACAUAAGAUUCUCCAAUUGGCCUCAAACUUU